AUGUAUGGGAAUAAUGAGUCAAUGGGUUGUGAGAAUGGUCUAGAUGAAGAGAGCGGUUUUUGGGGAGCAUUUUGCCACCAAACUUGGCAAGUUUUGGCGCUGGGAAAGGACAAAAAUGAAUGGUUCAAGUUGAAAGACAAGUUGGCAUUGAAUAAACAAGAACGAGUGGUGUGGGCUAUGGAACGCGUGGAAAAGGAGGUGGUAAAACGUAGUGUGGAAACCAGGUAUCGCUGGCUUACUUCUGUGGUGUGGGGUCGACGGUUCGUGCCCGUCAGCGUGCAGGACGCCGGGGAAGCACGCUGGAGCGAGGGCGAGGACGAGAAGAAAGAGGUGGAGGAAGCAGAGGAGGAGACAAAGGAAGUGAAAGCGAAGGAUUAUGACAUUUCGGGCAUCUCGCAAAAUCCUGCAAUCAACAAUUGCUCGUUCGUGGCUAGUCUCAUCAAUAUUCGUCAACGGGCGUCCCCCACGUUGGCCGUGACGCACGCAGGGCCUGGGUGGUAUAACGUGAACCUGCAUUUUAACGGUGCCGCCAAUCGACUCGUGCAAGUGCACGCUCCGCGGCUUACGAAACAGCCCGUCGUUCUUUCAGCAGACUUGGCCGAUAGAGCGCUGGAAAACGCAUACAUGCAGGUCAAAAACAAUUCGAGCUACCGCUUCGACGGCUCCAACAGCGCCGUCGACACUUUUUUGCUCAAUGGGUUUAUCCCUGAGGCCCUUGCAACCCACAAAAUCUCGUUUCAGCGCAUCGCCACGAUUUUCAAAAGCUCGGCCUGUCUCAUCACCCUAGGCACGGGCGCUACCGCGCGAGACCCGCAAUUUCUCCCGUGCCACGACUACCCGGUCAUCGGUAUCGCAGACGACACCUCGCCUGUCAUAAGAGACCCAUUGGACGCACUUAACACCUGCACUCUCUCGCAACAACAGUUUUCCGAGAAUUUCCAAGUGGCGUAUCUCAAUUGGGACUUCACCAAGCUUUUUGCGAGACACAGCGUGCUUUCCUUCAAAUACGACAUCUCUCAAAACAGGUUCUCGCCCAGUCCGGUAGAGAAACCGAUAUACGAGGUGGUCAACCGUUCAGACACAGCAGAACCAAUUUGGGUGUUGCUAGAGCGUCAUCUGGGGCACACGUUCACGGAAAACGAUUUUUGCCAUCUGGGGCUGGUGUCCUCGGACUUACAGCCAUCCGUUCAGAGCUCUAACAGCUCCAAUCUCGGAUUCAGUCUGCUCAAACUCGAAUUGGGUCCUGGAGACCGCAAAUUAGUGGCCUGUCAUUCCAACGUGUCUGCAAACUACAGCAUUCAUUUCUACCACGUCUCUGGCCUCGUACAGGCGCAAAAGUACGACAAAAAUCAAAACUCUGCAUCAGUGGACGGCGAAUGGGAUGCGACUACGAACUUCGGAUCGUUCUCCAGUCCAUUUUAUUACAUGAACCCUACUUUUGAGCUUUUGAUAAAUACUCGAGCCCAAACUACACAUUAUAUUGACAUGCAGCUGAUAAGCGAUGAAUCUGCGGCGGUCAACGCCCAGGUCUACCAUUGCGAUGACGCCGAGUUUGCACGUCCACUAACCAUGGACAACACAUAUGAAUCCAAAGUCUACGCCCGACGUGCAAUUCCGUUAGCCACCAAUACGCGCUACCAUGUGGUUUGUUCCUGUUUUCGCCACGAUAUAAAGGACAAGUUUAAGCUAAUUGUCGUCGAUUCUACCGGCUGCGAUUCCCUCAAAUUGAAACGCAUUGUUCCUCAGUUCGGCCCGUACAGGUAUCACGACAAAUACGAUUUUCGCUGGAAUACAAACAAUCGUAAAAAAAUCCAAGCGUCCUCAGAGCUAACAACCAAGGCUCAGUUGCGCAUACUGCCACUACAACCGUGCCCUACCAUGUCAAUCAGAGUCAGCAUUUUCACGAAGAAUACGAAAACUGCUGUGUUCACGACAAAUGAGUUCUCAAAAGUGCCAAAAUACGGGAUAAUUUUGAAGGACAUUACUUUGCUCUCUCGAGAACCACUAGUAUUGCUUGUUGAGAAAGAUGGGCCCAGCAAUGCCUUUGAAGACACCGUGAUGCGCUUAGAAUUGGGAUCGGACUUUACUGUCGCCAUCGACGGAGUGUAA